AUGCAGUCUCCUCUCACAACCCGCCGGCACCAUGCUCACGGCACUGCUCCGGGUGUCCGUAGAAUGUCCCUCUCACCCCGGGGCCUUAGGAAGCGGGCCUCAUUCACACGCAUACCGCCCGGGAAGCUCAGCUCACCUCAUCGCCUUGUCGGUGCACGCAGUGGCCUUCUCUCCCCUGAGCCAGAAAAAAGCAUAUCUACUACUCAGCAUGUCGGACAAGACGAAGAAUCGGUACCGAACCACCAGUACUCUAAAGAGGAGGACCAGCUCCUUUCCCUCCUGACCGGACUCGAGAUCCCCAUCUUCCCUAGACGUCCGACACUCCCUCAGGAGGACGCCCUGCUUCGCGAAAGCACACCACAUCCCGUCGGUGCCUAUCCAGAGACGCCAGCCCCUUUUCGAGAAAUCACGCCAUCGUCUAGAGAAGCGACACCAGUGCCGCCAGAACCUCCGAAGCUAACGUCAUUUCCUCGCCCCACUUACACCGGCAAAGCCAACAGGUGGGAGUUCCUCGAGUUUUGCAAGAAGUACGAGGAAGAACAAAGGAGGGUUUAUGAAGAGGUUGUCCAGACUGUGGCUCCUAGCAAGAAACUAACACUGAAGGACUGUCUCGACGAGUUGCGCAAACCAGUCGCUUGGGACGAGUUGACCAAACGCCCCUAUGAUAGACUCAGCGUUCUGUCAGAGGCCGAGCUCCGCCGCAUCUUGGAAGAGAAGGAACAGAAAGAAAUCGAAGAGCAGCUCCAACGAGAGCAGCAGGCAGCUCAAGAGGUAGAGGAGCGCCGAAUUCGGGAAGAGGAGGAGAGGCUCCGCAAGGAGCAAGAGCUACUAGACCUCACAGGCGGGCUACGCGCUCCCAAGGCGCAGUUUAUCUCACCACUGUCUGACGAUUGGACAAGACGUGCACGUGAAACCAUCCGGGCCCCUGGUGGCAAAAUUCUGGCACAGACGGCCGAAAACACGGGGCUGCAGCAGCACGACUUUGCAAAGGUAGUUCCGCCGACCGUGUGGCUCAAUGACGAGAUUGUCAAUGGAGCACUCCUCUGGCUGGAACAGGCAAUCAAUUCGGCCGCAGGUAUCACCAAUGUCAAAACGCAGACGCGCAAGACGCUUGUCUUAAGCUCAUUCUUCUUCCCAAAUCUCCAGAAAAAAGGGCCCCUGAAUACACAACGGCCCCUUGGCCGCAAAGGCGUCAAGAUGGAGAAUUUCCUCGAUAUUGACAGCAUUUUCAUGCCCAUCUGCGAGCACAGCCACUGGACACUCAUUGUAGUCCGGCCGCAAAAGAGAACAGUGUCACACAUGGACUCGAUGUGUCCUCGCGGCAACAACAAAUACACCAGCCUCACCAUGGCAUGGGUGAAGGAUAUGUUAAAGGAGAGGUUCAAAGAGGACGAGUGGAAGGUGGUGACCCAUGAGGCGCCACGGCAAACGAACGGCUGGGACUGCGGUGUCCACACGAUAACCAACGCCAUGUGCCUUGCACUAGGGUUGAACCCAAUCGACACAUACACAUCCGACGAGAUGCCGCUUCAACGGCUGCGGAUCGCAUCCAUCUUGCUCAACAAGGGGUUCGAGGGAGAGUUCAGCUUGAGUGCGUACUGA